GAUGAUUUGAUUUAAAAAAAAGCUAUAAACGGAAUAUAGAUUGGUUUAUUACUCUUAUGGCGGGAAUAUGGCUGCCAAAUUGAAAAUACAACUUGUGUCGGCUUUUAAAAUGCAUGGAUUUACAUUGCGGAGCGAGGCCAGUCGCUAUCUGGUGGAUGUCCUGAGUCCUGUUAAUGAGGUGCAGCGUGAGGAAUGGAUUGACAAGAUGAUUGAGAUCAUCCAGAAGCAGCCAUUGUCCUCGUCAAUCAUUGACAGAACGCUGUGUGAAACUGCUGUCCAUGAAUGUAAUGCAGAACAAGAUGACAAUAGUGAUAAGAUGUUUUCUAUCAUUGACGCCUUCUCAGUUCCUCACUAUUCCUACAGUUCAGACAGAAAAAAGUUUAUUUUAAACAGUGAACUUGGAUUGCCUCCCCCUGCUUUGUAUGGCACAUCUGUUGAUAAGGCCAGCCUCUUUCGGGACAGAUAUGCCAUUCUACAUCAGCGAACAUUAAGACAUGACCUGUUUACAAUGCCAGUAUUAAAAGGUGUACCAGAAGAAAAUAACAAAAAGUUUCAACUGAAACCGAUAGAAUAUCUAAUAGGCAGCACUUCGAAACUAGGGGAGAUAAUUGUGCUGGGAAUGCUGACACAGCUGAAAGAGGGAAAAUGGUUUCUAGAAGAUCCCUCUGGAGCUGUACAAAUUGAUCUGUCAAGUGCAAACUUCCACACAGGUCUGUUUACAGAGAACUCGUUCGUUCUUGCAGAAGGCUGGUACGAGGAUGGAAUAUUUCACGUUAACGCAUUUGGUUUUCCCCCUCCUGAGCCAGCUAAAACAUCAAGAGCAUACUUUGGUAACGUUAACUUUUUUGGAGGACCUUCGUCUGUUAAUGUAAAAGCAUCGGUGAGACUGAAGCAGGUAGAGGAGGAAAACGAAGAUGCCAUGAUUGUCUUUCUCUCCGAUGUCUGGCUGGACCAGGUUAAGGUUUUGGAAAAGUUGAAAGAACUGUUCAGAGGGUAUUCAGAAUUUCCUCCUACUUGUUUUGUGUUAUGUGGCAACUUUACGUCGGCACCUCAUGGAAACCAACACACUCAGGUGCUUAAAGAAUCAUUUCACAGUUUGGCUGAAAUAAUCAAUGACUUCCCGUCGUUGAAGGAAAACAGUCGUUUUGUUUUCGUUCCUGGCCCCCGAGAUCCUGGCCCAGCCACAAUAUUACCACGGCCUGCGAUUCCAAAUUCAGUUACAGAGGAGAUGCAAAGAAAGGUUCCGACUGCAGUGUUCACGAGUAACCCGUGCCGAAUCCAGUACUGUACGCAGGAGAUCGUGGUCUUCAGAGAGGACAUAGUCACCAAGAUGUGCAGGAACUGUGUCAAGUUCCCGUCAGACGGAGAUGUACCAAAACAUUUUGCGAAGUCGAUCAUCAGCCAGGCCCACCUGUGUCCGCUGCCUCUACAUGUGUGUCCUGUCUACUGGGCGUAUGACUGCGCGCUCCGCGUCUACCCACUUCCUGACGUCAUCGUGUGCGCCGACAAGUUCGAUCCCUUCCACACAACUACUAUUGACUGUACAGUCAUGAAUCCGGGCUCGUUUCCAAGGACAGGUUUUGGUUUCAAAGUCUAUUUUCCUGCUAGCAGAGAGAUUCAAGACAGCAAAAUACAAGAUGAGAAUUAAGACAAAUGUGUACAGGUCGUUGAAUGGGAACAAGAUGAUGAUUACAUAGAAACCAGUUCCAGACAGUUCCAGGAACCAAAUGUAAAGCAGACACAAGACCUGGCCAGAAUUCAACCUUAACAAACUUAACUUCGUGCAUUGUACUUUGUUCAUUAAUACAUUGGAUUAGCAAGGAAAUGUUUCAUUUAACAUUAAAACCAAUGUUUGUUUGUUUUUAUUUACUCAAAUUUAAAUAAUUAUUUUAGUAGUGGGUCAAUAGAUCAAAUUUUUAUUUUUUAAAAAAAGAAGGAAUAUUUACAUUAAUGACAUUCCUGCACAUAUUAAAACUUUGGAAAUAAACAAGUAAGGAAAAACUUAAUUAUUACUGAAAACAUAAAUCACUGUAAUAUUCUACUUUACAAUACAUUUGGUGACAGUAUUAAAUAGUAUUUAUACAGUUUCAUUUCACCAUGCACAAUAUCUUUUACCAUUUGAUAUCAUUAUACAGUUACAAUUGGUGAACACAACACAUUACUUUGUAAAAAAUUAUUUGAGAAAGUUCAUAGGGCGAAUAUUGUUAGCAACUUGAAAAAUAUACUGCAUUUAAUCUAUGUCUACAGGAAAUCUUUCCCUUUUGUAGGUCACAGAUCAUGUGAUAAUUGGGAUUAAAGGAAUGGCCUUUCUAGUUUUAAAAGAAAUAUUUUAUUAAUAAGUUUAUAUUUGGUGAUUAUUUGGAGAAUAAAACUGUCUAAUAAACAUCAUGACAGCACAUCUUUGUCCAAUAACCUUUUAUGUUUUACUUCUGAUCUGCAUUGUACUACUCACAUUAUCUCUUUGCUCAUGGGUGAAGAUAAUUUCAGAUACAUUUACACCAUAGGAUCUCUACGGAGGGGCGGGGAGGGGGGGGGGGGAGAAUAGAGGUUAUUUGUGUUAGGAUCAAACCUCCAAAGUGGAGCCAUUCUCUAAAUGUUUUUUUUUUUCCUUUAUCCCAACUAGUUCUACAUGACUGGUAUUUCAAAGGCUGUGGUAUGUGCUAUCCUCACUGUGGGAAAAUUCAUAUAAAAGAUCCCUUGAUUCUAAUGGAAAAAUAGUUUCCUCUGAAGACUAUGAGUUAAAAUUACCAAAUGUUUGACAUUUAAUAGCUGAUGAUUAAUAAAUGAAUGUGCUCUAGUGGUGUUGUUGAACAAAAACAAACUUUAACUGUGCCCAGGCUGUAUGAUGGAUGCACCAUACACAAUAAUGUUAGGUCCACUUAUAAAAAGAAAAAUACAUGUUUAUUAAAAACAACAGCCCCACCCUCCUGGCACAUUUCCCAGCAGGAAGACCUGUGUCUGUUCCCAUCCUUAAUGACAUCACAGUGGGUCAGCAUUGGUUUAUGGACCAAAUUGUUUUAUUAAUACAAUAUGCAUAUUUUAAUAUUGAUUUCAGAAAUUUAUAUGUGUAUUUUGUUUUUUAUAUUUAUAGAAUUAUGAGCAGAAGAGACAUGUUAACACUUUGUGUGACUGGUUUUUCAAGUUUGGUUGUCUUGGUGAUAAGAUCUGUUGUGUUUUAUAGUUGUAAUGUAGAAAGCUAUUUUUUUGUACUGGCUUUAGUGGGUGUUUUAAGUUCAAACAAUGACUGCCUAGUUUUUUAAAUCCUAUAGAAUAAUCAUUUAACAAACUAAAGCUGAUGACCUUACUUAAUUCUGCAUAAUAAAAAGUAAUUUUUCUAGUUUUAAAUGAUCAGGAUGCUCAAGGUCAAAUUAUUUAGAUUUUAUCAUCUUAUCUUUGUUAUCAUCCAGAUAUUUAUGACCAUGAAUUGUGAAUUUCUUCUUUUUCAUGAGACUAAAUGUUCAUGGUUUUGCUUUAAAAAACAACAUUUUGUUUGGCAAUCAUGGAUUAAAAAGAUAAUUUCAUAAAUCCAUAUUAUAUGUACACAUGUAUUAUAUUUCAUUCUGUCCUUAACAUUAAUUAACUGCACAAGUCCAUGAAUUAUUGUAUGAAACAUUAGAUUACCAUAAAUAAAAGUGAUUUGACAGUAUCUGUAUUUGUCUCGGCAACCACAACUUAAUCAUGGCACCAACACUUGGUGGACACUGGGUUCCUAUCCCAGUAGUAGAUCAAACCAAUGAGUGAGCACAGACAUCAUUGGGGAAGUUAACAUAUGAUACUUACAUGUAUCCACUGUCACAGGACUAGAUAUGGCACUCGCCAAUUGCGAAUUUCAAAAACAAUUGGCGAAUUUUAUUUUAAUUUGGUGAAAUAAUUUCAUGAAAUAAAUGAUAUUUUGUUAGAAAAUAACUGGGUUUCUGUCAUUUUUGAAGUUUAGUAGAUAAUUUGGCAACGUUUUCUACUAACCGAGAGCUAGCCCUGCAUGAAGACAUCCAUAAAAAUUAAAGGCCAAUUAAUCAGUUAAGAAUGUGUACUGUCAAACACAGUUCGGAAGUAACCAUGGCAAUGUACUGAUGGUGAGAAAUAAGGGAGCACAUGGUAUCCGAGACACAUUUGAAUUCACUGCUACAGUAGAUAUGGCAGUAUAAAAUACAGAGGUUUCAUGUGGGACUAAAUGUUGGUACUGUGGGAUUGACUGCUGGUAACAUUGUGAAUGUCUGGACCCCGUUCCACGAAGCAAUCUUAUCGCUAAGAUCAUCUUAAGUGCAUAUCUACCUUAUGUAUUUAAGGUGAUCUUAGCUCUACGAUCGCUUUGUGGAACGGGCCCUGGUACUAUGGAUGAGGGUUCUGGUAACAGUCCGUAUUUGCUGUUACCGUACUAUUUGUGUUAUCAUAUUUCUUUCCAUAUCAGUAUAUAGUGCAGUGAAACCUAGUCCACAGAUGUGACACCAGUUAGGGAUUUGUAAUAAGCAGUAAACAUUCUUGGUGCCAUUUUUCUCGAAUGAUACUAGUACAUGCAUUUUUCUGUAAGUUUUUAGUUUACUUUGAAAUGAACACUGGUUUUAAAGAUGUGAUCAAAGUUUGGGUACAUACCCCAACACAUGUUCAUAUCAGAAUUGGUCAGAAUAUUUGUAUGUGUAUUGUUUUUAACUGGGUUAUUUACCACCUAGCUUCUGAUGAUUAUGACUUAUUUUAAAUAAGCAAUAAAAUAAUCUUCACGAUGAUUUUAUUGCAAAAUGUGUCAAAAUGUAAUGCAAUACAUUAAACUUGUGUUAUUUUAUCCCACUAUAAGCUUUAAAAGUAUAGUUUUUGAUAAAUUGAGAAUUAUGUUUUGUUAAGGCAAGCUAUUUUUUUCCGACAAAUUUUCAGGUAUCCCUAAAGCAUAAUGAAUAACUUCUACUAGUACUUUGUACGUCUAGUACAUAGUCCUACCUCUUUCUACCUUUUAGAAAAUUCAGUUUUAUUGAGCAAUUUAAUACCAUAAAGAAGAAAGAAAUCCCCAAAACCUGAUAUUUAAAAUGUGUAUUUAAAUUGCACUUGCCAUUAUUUGAGAAGCACAUGUUAUAGUUUUAAUCAUUUUGAAAUUAAUUCUGUUAUAUAAUGUUGCAAGUUUUUUUCUUUUUUGUAGUCUAUAUGUUUGUAACCAUUCUGAUACUUGGAGUAAUUCAGUAGUUUUAAUUGUUAGCAAAAAUAUGUUUUGAAGGGAAAUUUCAAUGUAGAACCGAACAAUUAGGUGUAUUUUAGUAAUUAGGAAAACAUCAGUAAUCAAAACGACUUUCGAAGGAAAAGUAACUGAUUGUUUUGUCUUGAGAUGGUGGAUGAUUAAACUAACUUCUACUACUUUAAAAGUUUAUACCCGUGAUCAAAGACAACUACCGUACAACAUAAACAAGUCAUUCCAUCAUUUAAGAAAAUAUUAAUAUCCAGGGCCCAUAUUUUCCAAGCCAUCUUUGCACUAUGAUAUUGUAAAACUAUUGGGGAAAUAGUGUGUCUCACAGUGAUGUCAUAGCUUAUGAAAGUUUUGAUGAUAUCGUAAUGCUAAGAUAGCUUUAAAACAAUCUGUAGCCAGAUGUCUCUAGGCUUAAUUAUUGUAAUAUGUGUUCCUUGUCCAUCUCAAUGUGGAAUAUGUUAUUUUACUCACCAAUCUAUCCGUCAUAAACUGGUGAAAAUAGUCUUUUAUUCAAAACAUUUAAUGUCUUUUCUAUUUAUAGUUGUGGUUUCUCUAUUAUGAAU